AUGGAGUCCUUGAAGCUUACGCCCAACAACGAGCCUAAGCCUCGCACCUCAUCCCCCUUCAUGGACCAGCAGUGUGGUAGAUAUACAUACGAGACUUUGAAGCCCAUCUUAAUACAUCUGCAUGAGGUGGAGAGCAAACUCACAGUUCAGAAUGUUGAUGCGUGUCUAAAAGCCAAUGGACAGUUAAAUGUAGAGCUUACUUCUCUAAAAUAUUCACUUAGGGAGAAGAAUGGGCUACUUGACGCAUAUAAACAUAAUAUGGCAGAUCUUAGAGAAUCUAACAACAAUAUACACAAUGAAAUAGCAAAACUUAACGCUCCAACCGAAACUAAUGGGAAAAAGAUUGAACAGCUUUGUGAAAAAUAUAUAGAAAAUUCAGAAAAAUGUGAGAAGGAGCGCAGAAAUCAAAAUGAGUUACUAACCAAGCUGAACAAUACUGCCCAAGAACUCAUCAUCAAGUCAAACAAAAUUAAUGAACUGCAAGACCAAAUAAUUAAGUUACAAGACCAAAAAACUAAAGAUGAGAAAAAAAAAUUAGAAGAGCAAAAAACUAAAGAUGAGAGAAAAAAAUGUUCACCAAUUAUUAAUUUGCCUGGUCUGAUGCCAUUUAAAGUGCUUUGCAAUGAUGACAGCCCAGCGGGUAGAGGCUGGAUAGUAAUUCAGCAACGAAUAAACGGCUUAGAGAAUUUCCAGAGGGAUUGGAACACUUACCGUGAUGGCUUUGGAUCCUUCGAUGGGGAUUUCUUUUUGGGUUUGACUAAGAUCCACCACAUGACAUUCGCACAGCGACAUGAAUUAUAUAUUUACAUGGAAAAGUUUAGCAAGGAAUGGUUCGCCGCUCGCUAUGACAAUUUUUCAGUGGCAAGCGAGAAAAAUAAUUUUCAAUUGGAAUCGUUGGGUGCAUAUACUGGGUUCAACGACAAUCACGAUAAUUUUAGACCGGAGUUAUAUUAUAUAUUUGCAACAUACGAUCGGAAACAUUCCUAUUGUCCGAAGCAACCGUAUGGAGGUUGGUGGCACGGCUCUUGUAGAGGAAUCAAUUUAAAUGGAGAGUACCACCUACUUGAAAAAAAAGGUGAUAAGAAUUAUUUGUAUUGGGAGAAGUACAUCUCUCUGUACAAGGUUCAAAUGCUGAUUCGUCCCUAUAAUUCUAACUAAUGAAUAUCAUGAAUGUCAAAUUUUUAAUAUUGAAUAAA